AAGAUGUGAUAAAAGUUUUAUGGACCAGUGGAUAGAAGGGGUAGGGAAUGAGGUGACAGUAUGUUUCUUAGUCCUUUCUGGGCUAUUGGCUUUCUCUGUUUACAAGUUUAUUAGCAGUUGGCAACCUGGUGCCACCUUCAACGAUGUGGCUCAACAGCAAUCUGCUCAAGAAUCUGAGAACUCGACUCCAUCAAACUCACAGCCUGGAACCUCACAACCUGGAAACUCACAGCCUGGUAGUUUGUUUGAUAUGGGCCGGAGGGGGAGCUAUGAUGAGCCCCACCAUGGUGCUAUGGAGAUAACAGUCAGAUACAGAGAAAGUUCUCGGACCGUUUUUAUUCCAGAAAACAAAUCUUUACUAGAUCUCAAGAAGUACUGUUUCCAAAAAGUUCUGGAGGAGGGAAAACGUGUCCACAUGGUUUACCAGGGACAUCUGUUGCGACCCGACUCUGCUCCAUUGUCAGAGUUCACAUUGGACAAUCCCUCGACUUUUAUCUGUCAGAUAUCUCACUCUGCUAACUCUAGUUCUAGUAAUCUUAAUAAUAGUGCUGCUGGUUCAGCAAACGUGGAGGAUCUUGAUAUAUCAGGAUUAUUAUUGCCAGUUUUAGGACUGAUAUUGUUCUGCUCCUGGAUGGUGGCGAUGUCUCUGACAGCCUCAGUUUCUGCAAACGUUUACGUAGGUCUCCUCUUCCUCUCAGUUCUAUACGUUAUCGCACUUGUUAGUUCGAUCACGUGACCUUAUGACCCAGUUCAGACUAGUGACCACAUGAUUUAUAGGAUAUUUUAAGGCAGAAGAUGUGCAUGCAUUUGCUUUACCAUAUUAUUUCUCUAUUGGUGUUGCAUGAUAUAGUUGGUAUUUCGCACUGGUUCUAUUCUUAAGAACCAAUUAGUUUUCCGUUAUUGAUAAAGCCAAUUUUAAUUAUGAUAUGAUAUGUAGGAUUGUUAUCAUAUUAUGUCAUCAACAGUCAUGACCAACCAACCCCCUUUCUUAUUACGUCAGCAUCUGCUAGACCCACCCUCAUUUUAGAAAAAAAAGACAAGCAACUGUCAGCAUUUCCAAGCUCCCUCCUACAUUAGGCUGCUGUCGUUAUGUAUUUGAACAGUCCUUUACAAAUUGUUAAUUAUGUGUGAUUCCUUUAGAUCAUCUAUAUACUAGGCUACAUUAAAGAAGCCUUACCAACUUAAUGUUCUUAUAUACUUCUUGUAGUGUGUAUUUGUAAUUUAUGUUUUGAAUAGAUAUGAUGGAUCUAAAUUAUAUAGUAAAUAUACAUUAAACACAUUAAAUAUAUUUCUAAUUAAUAAUUUGACAAGAGCUAAUUUUACAGAUUUUAACCCAAUAUUUUUAACUUGUAUCUUCAUAUAGGUCUAUCAAUUUUCAGUAACGAUUUCAAUAUUGAUUGUUAAUAUGAAGGUUAAGUUUUUGAUAUUGGUUACUA